AUGCAUCUUGCUUUAUCGUCUUCCAAGUCACCAACGCAGCAACUACUACAGUCGGCGGAUCUCGUCUCUCAGGGCGCUGAAGCUGCAAUCUACAAAGCAUAUUUGCGUCACUUUCCGGCAUCGGGUCAGGCGAAAAAUGCAGGAGUUGACGGUGCAGCUUUUGAGGCGUUGGAGCCGGUUCUCCUGAAGUACCGGUUCCACAAGCACUACCGCCACCCGACGCUCGAUGCAUCACUCACCCGGCAACGUAUAGCCGGAGAAGCUCGCGCGUUAAUGAGAUGUAUGCGGUCCGGCGUGACUGUACCCGGAAUCAGGAUGAUGGAUGUGAACGAAGGUGUACUGGGUAUCGAGUGGAUAGACGGGGAGUGUGUGCGUCAACUUUUACCCGGAGGGGCUGAACUUGAGGGCAUCAGCGAACCUGAAGAUAUGGGUGAAAUGGAUGAAAAUGAUGCCGCAGACCCAAUCGCUGAUUAUGGUGUUUCUCAAGAUGCCCUGAUGGAUAUGAUCGGUGCUGAGAUCGCGAAAAUGCAUUUGGCAGACGUAAUACAUGGUGAUUUGACGACCUCGAAUAUGAUGUUGAGGAAAAAGACGAGUGAUUUGGUCCUUAUAGAUUUUGGGCUCGCCUAUCAUUCAACACUGGUAGAGGAUAAGGCUGUGGAUCUUUAUGUCCUGGAACGUGCCUUUGCCUCAACUCAUCCUGACUCGGAGCCACUGUUUGCGGGUGUGCUGGGCGCAUAUGAGAAGCGCAUGGGCAAAUAUUGGCUGCCAAUUAGAAAGAGAUUAGAUGACGUGCGACUACGAGGGAGAAAACGGAGUAUGGUUGGUUAG